ACCUCUUCAACAAAGCACCGUGGGGUUUCCUUUGGAAAGAAUGGCGAUGGACAUCUUAGGUCUCUUGCCAAAGACUCCACGUGGUAAUCGAUAUGUACUCGUGAUAUCAGACUAUUUUACCAAGUGGACUGAGAGCCACGCACUUCCUGAUCAAACCGCUACAACAAUUGCUGAGAAGGUUGUGUCGGAAUUCGGGAGUCGUUUUGGGGUACCACGAAAAAUCCAUAGGGACCAGGGAACAAAUUUCGAAUCCAACGUGAUGGCGUAGAUCUGUGAAUUGUUAGACAUCGAAAAUUAAAGACAAGAACAACACCACUGCACCCACAGUCAGACGGAUAAGUGGAAAGAUUUAAUAGGACUCAGGUGAAGAUGCUGCGACGAAGUUUGCAUCCGGAUCAGAAAGAUUAGGACCUCCACCUGCCAGCCUGCAUGAUGGCUUACAGGUCAUCAGUUCAUGAGAGCACCGGGUUUACACCGAACCAACUCAUGCUUGGGCGUGAAAUAUAGGUCCCACUUGACGUCAUGACAGAGUCCACUCCACAUCAACCAUCCAUCUCGUUUCAGUAUGUGCAAGACCUCCAAAGCGACUUUCACGUGCAUUCGAAGAUGCGAGACUACACCUGAAGGAAUCGGGGAUUCGCCAGAAGCGAAACUAUGAUAGAAGGCUCUCAUGGAAACCAUUACAACCUGGUGAUAGUGUAUGGCUACAUAACAUUCACCGCAGGAAAGGAAGGAAUCCUAAGUUAGACAAUCCACGGGAGGGAACCUUCUUGGUAACUGCGUCCUUAUCAGAUGUCGUAUCGGAUUCAAAGGACACCACGGUCUAACCCUAAGGUCGUGCACGUUGACAGAUUGAAGCCAUAUCUAGGUCCGUCCUUAGAGAACUGGAUACCACAACAAGAGUGAAAGGAGACACCCAAAGGUAAAGCAGAAGGGCAUAAGGAAGGAAUGGUCACCAGAGGAAAAACAUCAAAAGAAGUAUCACGAAAGGAAGCCGCGGAAAGAAUAGCUCGAGCCGAGAUGGCGGAUGAUGGGAUGUGGAAGAAUGGACCUAGCAAAAGGCCAGCACAAGCACGUGGUGGUGAAACACCUGUUGGCCUGACAGGCAAGGAGCCAGUAACAAAGACUGAUGACAGAUCAAGACCGAAGCGAACAAUAAGACCCCCCAAAAGAUUUGUGCCUCCAUCCAUACAAGAAAUAGACAAUCUGACAAUAACUGAGGGGAGUGAUAUGACUUUGACAUGUCAGAUAUCUGGAGACCCUCCACUAGAGCAGUUUUGGAUAAAACCUGAUGGUCAGCGUGCUACCACAAAUGUCUUGACGAUUAAAAACAUUACAAAUGGUGAAGCUGGGGAAUACAGAUGUGAGGCCACUAAUGAUUGUGGGACUGUUUCACGGACAGCAUGUGUUGACGUGCAAUCUAAACUGGACAAGAACUUUUGGCCAAAGUGUAACUGCACAAGUCUUGUUAUGGAUGCACGACCUUUCUUACUUAAGUAUAUUUACGAUAGUAAAGCUCCUUAUGAAGAAGAUAAACCAGCAGCCACCUAUUCCAGCGCAACCAUUAGAUUAAAGUCUGGAGAAGACUGGUCUAUUGAUUGCCCAGUGGAUAUUGGAAACCCCCCUGCAGUCAUCACGUUGUACAAAGGAAAUCAUGCCGAUUGCAAUAAAAUUGCCAUCAACUCGACUUUGAAGGUUCAGAAUGCUUCUUCAAGUGAAGAAGGACGGUAUACCUGUUUUGCGAAAAAUGCACUGGGAAAUACAACUAUCAGUUUGUUACUACUGGUUGGUGAGUUGAAUAGGUUUUAG